CUGGCUGUGUGCGCGCAGAAAGCAGCUACGCAGGAGAGAGGGGCUGAAGCCGAAUGGUGGAGCUGAAGAUGGCGGAUGGCGACAGCGGGAGUGAGCGCGGUGGUAGCAGCGGGGGAGGAGGCGGAGGCGGCUUCCAGCACUUCCAGAGGGACCAGGAGACCCAGGAGCUGGCGUCGAAGCGACUUGACAUCCAGAACAAGCGCUUCUACCUGGACGUCAAGCAGAACAGCAAGGGCAGGUUCAUCAAAAUCGCCGAAGUAGGGGCCGGGGGCUCCAAAAGUCGCUUGACCCUCUCCCUGUCAGUGGCGGCGGAGUUCCGUGACUACCUCGGGGAUUUCAUCGAGCACUACGCCCAGCUAGGGCCUAGCAGUCCGGAGCAGAUAGCCCAGGCUACUGUGGGUGAGGACGGCGGGCCCAGGCGGGCGCUCAAGAGCGAGUUCCUCGUCCGGGAAAACCGCAAGUACUACCUGGACUUGAAGGAGAACCAGCGGGGGAGGUUCCUGCGAAUCCGGCAGACCGUAAACCGUGGACCUGGCUUUGGAGUCGGGGGCCCUGUGGGCGGCAUGCUGGCCGGCCAGACCAUAGCCCUUCCGGCCCAGGGGUUAAUAGAGUUUAGAGACGCCCUUGCUAAGCUCAUAGAUGAUUACGGGGGAGACGACGAGGAGCUGACCGGGGGCACGGCCGCCGGGGGCUACGGCGAGCUCCCCGAGGGCACCUCCAUCAUGGUGGACUCCAAACGCUUCUUUUUCGACGUCGGGUCCAACAAAUACGGGGUGUUCCUGCGUGUGAGCGAGGUGAAGCCCAGCUACAGGAACUCUAUCACCAUCCCGUUCAAAGCCUGGAGCAAAUUUGGAGGAGCUUUCUCCAGAUACGCCGAGGAGAUGAAGGAGAUCCAGGAGAGGCAGAGGGAUAAAAUGUACGAGAGGAGGGAUGAGUCCGAGGGAGACGACGUGGAUGACGACUGAGAAAACUAAGUGAAACAGCUGUUAGUCCAGUUACGUGACAGAUCUGCAAUAUAGGGAUAUUUUGCAAACCGACAAAAAAAAAAA